GAGGUUCGGCGGUGCCGCGCGAGCAUGGCGGCGUGGCGGGACCUGCUCUUCUCUCAGCUCGGCCCCGUCUGCCGCGGCGGCAGGGACUGGCCGGGGGGAGGCUGGCGGCACCCGCGCCGGCGCGGCCGGGCCGAGGGCAGCCGCGAACCCACGGCCUCUGCGCCUCAUGAGCCCCCCAAAACUUGGAUAGAAGAAGUCUUCAGUAAAAGAGAAUGUGCAAACAUUAUUCCCUAUUUAAAAGACCCUCACAGAUGUCCCGCAGGAUGCCAGGUGUGCCAGAAUUUAAUCAGAUGUUGCUGUGGAAGGCUGAUUGGAGAUCACCCAGGAGUAGACUGGCCUGCCUGUCAGACUGCCCUGCAGAGAGAUGAAAAAUGGUCUGUGCAAAAACACACAAAGACAAGUCCAACAGAUGCAUUUGGUACAAUCAAUUUUCAAGAUGGAGAUCACACUUAUCAUGCCAAGUACAUUAGACUCUCUUAUGAUAGCAGUUUGGAUCAACUGUUGCACCUGAUGGUUAAUGAAUGGCAGAUGGAGUUGCCAAAGCUAGUCAUCUCUGUUCAUGGAGGCACUGAAAAUUUCAAACUUCCCUCAAAGGUCAAGCAGGUUUUCAGUAAAGGAUUGAUGAAGGCUGCUGAGACUACAGGAGCAUGGAUCAUUACUGAAGGCAUCAACAGUGGAGUGUCCAGACAUGUGGGGGAUGCACUGAAAGGACGUGCCUCACCAUACCUGAGAAAGAUCUGUGCUGUUGGGAUCCCCCCCUGGGGUAUCAUUGAGAACCGAAGGGAUCUCAUUGGGAAAGAUGUAGUUUGCCUGUACCAGACUCUUGGUAAUCCUCUCAGCAAACUGAGUACCCUCAACAGCAUGCAUUCUCACUUUCUAAUGGCAGAUGAUGGGACAAUAGGCAAAUAUGGGAAUGAAAUGAUGCUCAGGAGGAAUUUGGAGAAGUAUUUGUCACUUCAAAAAAUACACACAAGAAUGGGCCAAGGUGUACCCGUAGUUGGGUUAGUGGUGGAAGGAGAUGCCAGUGUGAUUCUGAUGGUGUGGGAGUAUGUAAGGACCAGCCCGCCUGUCCCUGUGGUGGUCUAUGAGGGCACUGGCAGAGCUGCUGAUAUUCUGGCUUUUACCCACAAACACACAGGUGAUGCAGGGGAGCUGCGCCCUCAAGUGAAGGAGGAGGUUUUAGUAAUGAUUCAAAACAUGUUUAGUUUGGGACAGAAACAGUCCAGACAUCUAUUUCACAUUCUGAUGGAAUGCAUGGAGCACAGAGAGUCUAUAACUAUACUUGAUGUGGAGUCUGAAGAACAUCAAGACAUUGAUUUGUCAAUUCUAACUGCACUCCUGAAAGGUACAAGUAUGUCUGCAUCAGAUCAACUGGAUUUGGCAUUGGCUUGGAACCAGCUAGAUAUUGCCAAGAAACAUAUAUUGGUUUAUGGACAACACUGGAAGGUUGGUGCAUUGGAACAAGCAAUGCUGGAUGCUUUAGUGAUGGACCGUGUGGAUUUUGUAAAGCUGUUAAUAGAGCAUGGAGUGAACAUGCACCGUUUUCUUACCAUAUCUCGUCUGGAAGAGCUCUACAAUACAAAACAAGGACCAUCUAGUCUACUUUUGCAGCACCUUAUUCGAGAUGUGAAACAGAGCACACUUCCCUCAGAUUAUAAGAUAUCCUUGAUUGAUAUUGGACUGGUGAUAGAGUAUCUCCUUGGUGAAGCUUAUCGAAGCAGCUACACAAGGAAACACUUCCGACUUCUGUACAAUAACCUCUACAGAAAGCACAAGAGAGCGCUCUCCAGCUUUACGCAGAACCUAUCUCAUUCCCUUCAUCAGAGUAAUCAGAUGGGUAGCAGAAUGGGAUCUCCUGAAAAUACCUUACAUUCUCAGUUCUUCAGAACAGCACAGCCUUACAAAUGCAAGGAAAAAUCAACUGGUUUCCAUAAGUCUAAGAAGAAAUCAAAAGAGAAUAUAAAAUUUACAGAGAGCUAUGAGUCAUCUGGUUUUAUCUACCCCUACAAUGACCUCCUGGUUUGGGCAGUGCUAAUGAGAAGGCAGAAGAUGGCAAUGUUCUUCUGGCAGCAUGGAGAGGAAGCCAUGGUCAAAGCAGUUGUGGCUUGUAAACUCUACAGGGCAAUGGCACAUGAAGCUAAACAGAGCAACAUGGUGGAUGACACUUCAGAAGAACUUAAGAAGUACUCAAAAGAAUUUGGACAGCUUGCUUUAGAUAUACUGGAGAAAGCAUUCAAACAAAAUGAACAAAUGGCUAUGAAGUUGCUGACUUAUGAACUGAAAAACUGGAGCAACUCAACUUGCUUAAAACUAGCGGUAUCUGUGGGCCUUCGGCCUUUUGUGUCUCAUACUUGUACACAGAUGCUGCUGACUGAUAUGUGGAUGGGACGUCUGAAGAUGCGGAAGAACUCCUGGUUUAAGGUCAUUAUAAGUAUUCUCCUACCACCCACUAUCUUGAUGCUGGAGUUUAAAAGCAAGGCAGAAAUGUCUCAUGUGCCUCAGUCUCAAGACUUCCACCAGUUCACAUGGUACCAUGGUGAUCAGAGUCCAGCCAGCACUAAAGAUGUCUUGUCUCUGAAAGAUUGUGAUGUGGAGAAGGUAGCUCAGUCAUCUGAUGAAAGCCAAGUAGACGAUGGACAAGGAAACCUGUCUGGCACUAGAAAAAUCUAUGAGUUCUACAAUGCACCGAUUGUCAAGUUCUGGUUUCACACGAUGGCAUACAUGGCGUUUCUCAUGCUCUUUACUUACACUGUGUUGGUGAAGAUGGAACCAAAACCAAGUGUGCAGGAGUGGCUUGUUAUUAUUUAUAUUUUCAGCACUGCCAUUGAAAAAGUCAGAGAGGUGUUUAUCUCAGAACCUGGAAAAUUCCGCCAGAAGGUGAAGGUGUGGAUUUAUGAAUACUGGAAUUUUACUGAUUCUUUAGCUAUCAUCCUGUUUAUGAUUGGUUUUGGCUUGCGCUGGUCUGAGCCCCCUGUUCAAACAGCAGGGCGGCUACUUUACUGCUUGGAUAUAAUAUUUUGGUAUGCCCGGCUCCUUGAUCUUUUUGCUGUGAAUCAGCAUGCUGGUCCAUAUCUGACAAUGAUUGGGAAAAUGACAGCAAACAUGUUCUAUAUUGUGGUCAUGAUGGCCAUAGUUCUGCUGAGUUUUGGCGUCUCACGAAAGGCAAUCCUUUCACCAGAAGAACCUCCUUCUUGGACUCUGGCACGAGAUAUUGUAUUUCAGCCCUACUGGAUGAUGUUUGGUGAGGUCUAUGCCGGAGAAAUAGAUGUCUGCGAAACCAAUCAAGACUGUCCUCCUGGCUCCUUCCUCACACCGUUCCUCCAAGCUGUCUACCUCUUCGUGCAGUACAUCAUCAUGGUCAACUUACUCAUUGCUUUCUUUAAUAAUGUUUAUUAUGAUUUGAAAUCCAUAUCGAACAAGCUCUGGAAGUACAACCGGUACCGCUACAUUAUGACCUAUCAUGAGAAGCCAUGGCUGCCUCCACCUUUCAUUCUCCUGAGCCACAUUGGACUUCUGAUAAACCGCAUCUUCCGCCAUCAACCCUCAAAUGAGUCUGACCAAGAGGAAGGUGACGUUGGACUGAAGCUGUACCUGAGUGAUGACGAGUUGAAGAAACUCCAUGACUUCGAGGAACAGUGUGUAGAAAAAUAUUUUCAUGAGAAGAAUGAAAGCUUGAGUUCCAGGGACAGUGAAAGGAUCCGUGUGACGACAGAAAGAGUGGAGGAGAUGUUUCUGCAGUUGAAAGAAGUGUAUGAGAAGGUAUUUUAUAUCAAGGAAUCUUUACUCUCCUUGGACAGCCAGCUGGGACAUUUGCAAGACAUGUCUGCUUUGACAGUGGACAUCCUGAAAGUGCUUUCAGCUGUAGACACAUUGCAGGUGGAAGAAGCCCUGCUAGCUGACAAAAAACAUAGAUCCUGUAGAAAACUGCCCCACAGUUGGAGUAAUGUGCUCUAUUCCAAGACCCUGAGCAGUCUGGAAUGUUUGUAUGACAAGAAGUAUCACUAUUACAGCAUGCCACCCUCACUCCUACGGAGCUUGGUGAGGCCAUCAGAAUGUAAAGACCACAUACUGAGGACUGAGAGUGACAAGUUGGUAGAAGACAGUUCUCAGAAGAUAGAAAUAGAAAGUGAUGACACACUUACUUCAGGUGUGUCCUCUGAGGCUAAGUCAUCCCCCAGACAUGGACAAUUUUUGCUAGUUCCUCCUGAUCACCAGCGAGCACCUUUCUCUAACACCAUCACCUUAAACUUGUCCUUUUCGAGCACUCCUACCAAGUGCAGGGAAGAUAUAUUCACUGAUGGAUUGCAAAGCAGCAUUGCUGUGCAGCAAAACUUGCAGAGCAUCAGCCUUGUUGAAAAAAAGCCAGAAGAUUAUCAGUGGAGCCAGAGAGACUUUAUUAUUCACCUGCCAUCAAAAAAAACUAAUGCCACAGAUGCUGAUCAUUCGCUCAGUUUCCAGACAUCUCUUGAAGUCAGAGAAAAUGCAGCACCCUACUGUGAUGACAGGGAAGAAACUGAAGGUGGUUAUGUGAACUGGGGAUUCUCUGAAGGUGAUGAAAAAGGGGUUUUCAGCUCAAGGAAGAAACAGAAGAAGGACCUGUGCAUACAUUCCACCUUUAACUGUGACUGUAGUUGUACAGGUAGACCUCCCACACACAUACAGAUAAAAGAAUCCAAGUCCUCCUAUAACUCUGACAGCUCACAGCACAGCAUCAUUGUCUCUGAGAAUAAACUGAAACGCAGUACCUCCUGGAUCAGCCCACUCUGGAGGCAAUGGAGUUUCUGCAGGAGCAACAGCUUACCAUCCCCUAAAAAAGAGAGAAGAGGGAAAACCUUCAAGGCCAUAGGUGAGUCUUCACCAUCUUGUGAGCUACAUCACAGUGAGGAAACAAAAGCAAAACAACAAAACAGAGACAGAAAGUCUGGGAGAGAAAAGAAGGAUCAAAAACCCCUUCAGGUGCCGGUGAUCAGAGUGGAUGGUUGUCCCCAGAACACCCAAGUGAGCUCAGAGCCUACAGAGAUUGGUCUCUGGGAUGGGGAAGAAAAACACAAGAAGAACUGGCUCACUGUGUCUAAUUUCAGUCAGCUAAGUUUGGAAUAUCUCAGUUACAUGCACCAGAAAAUGAAAAAUCAAGACAUCCAUAGGCAUACCAUACCAUUCUGUGAUUACCUGAGACAUUCUCGAGAGGAUUUGAGUAAUAGCAUGUCUGGAAGCAUCCACAGAAAUAAUCUGAGCAGGAACUCCUCGUUGAGAGCUUCAGAAGGAACUGACAAUAUGUUUGGCUGCUUGAAAACGUCUCAAGAUCUGCACUGUCAUUACUCAGGAAGAUUGGGCUAGAAAUUAUUCAAGAAAACCCAAAUGGAGAUGUGGUGGAUGCCCUAUCCCUGGAGACUUUCAGGGUGAGUCUGAAUCAUACCGUAGGUGACCUGAUCUAGCUGUGCAUGUCUCUGUUCAUGGGAGAGGAGUUGGUCUAGAUGGCCUUUAAAGGACCCUUCCAACUCUGAGGAUUCUAUAAUUCUGUGAUUCUAAAAUCUUGUACCUUAUACUGCUUGUGGUUUAUUUUGCUAUCAGGUUUUAUAGUCAAAUACAGUUUUGCCUCUCUGCACAGUCUAAAGAGCUUGAGUUUUGCUCCAGGUUUAGCAGCUGGUGCAAAAUGUCUUCAGAAUGCUUCUCAUGGCUCUGGAUUGAACACUGACAGGGUCUGACAGACAGCAUAGUUGUGACAUCUAUCUUAUUUACUUCCUAUUUCCUGGUGUGUAGUAGUUUAGUGACCACAGUAUGUUUCUAGUAGUGCAUUAAGGCAGAACUGUGACUUUCAAUCUGCUGUUCAAAAACUAUGUUAUCCAGUGCCUGUUGGUCUUGCAAUAUGUAGGCGAGCCUUUUAGUAAAGUCUGAAAGACAGCUCUUCUGAUAUGAGGACAUGCACUGGUAUGUCAUGGAUCUCCUCUGCUCUCUCCUGGGCUAAUUAAUCUCUAAUUAAUUAAGAGAAGGACAAAAACAAGGACACAGAGUGUCUAAGCUCCAGAAAUCAUCCCUAAGGAGUUCAUGGGUGCUGUUCAGAGAAACACAGCUAAGGUAGUAAGUAUUUGGUUUGCCUUCUUCUAGUUUCCUAAGAGAUAUUUUUUUCUAGUCUCUUAAGAUACUCUUUCUUAGUCUUCUUCUUAAGCUUCUUUGAGACUUAUUCUGCAACUCUCUUCCAUUUCCCAAUAACUGAGUCACUGUGAGAACAAGUCCAUAAAUAUUUAGUGGACAUUCUGAGUUUUGAAGGUGUCUGGCUGAGAAAAAAGCCCCCAGUUAAGGAGGUAUAAUAAAGUUAAUUAUUUUGUUUGGCAUGGAGUCCAGAUGAUGAUGCUAUGCUCUGUAGGGCAAGCUUGGAUUUCCCUGUAUUGCCUUGCUAAAACCCCAGGCACUUCUGAGCCUGACAGAAACAGUAUGUGAGGGCAGCGAGGCCAACACAUCUUAUUGGCAUAGUGCACUGCACUGGAACUGGCAGGAGGAGAAAGUAGCAGCUGCUAUUGGAAGAAGGAUGAAAAACAGAAGCAGUCCUACUAGCCAAGGUGCAAGGAACUUUUCCCACAGACUGUUUUUCUUGUAAGAAGGGAAGCAAUGAACAGUGAAAAGAAUGGAAGCUGGUGUUUGUGAUAUAUGAUAGCACUCAAAGGAGAGUUGGUGACUGGAUAGAGCCUCACAAAUGGCAAUCAGAAGAUCUGACUCAGGACCACACUGCAGCCUACUUGGUUUCGUUCACUACGGAGUUGUCAGAUUUUUUUGAAAGUCAGUUGGCUUGUUAUUUAUUCAGUACGGCAGUGAAAUUUAUCUUCUUUGCAGCUGUUGAAAGAAACAACUUAAUGAGACUUGCUCAGACCAUACCAUUUACACCAGUCCAGCUCUUUG